GGCCCAGUAGGGUAGGAGGGACCUGAGUGACGAUGAGAGAGCGAGAUAAGAGACAGAUGUAGAGAGAGAGAGCAGAGAGAGAGAGAGAGAGAGAGAGAGAGAGAGAGAGAGAGGGGUGAGCGGUGCACACACAUCACUAUCAACUGAAUUUAUAUUAGCAAAAUACCUCUGGUAUUCCAAGCAUGGAAGGCAAGUUUUUAUCGUCCCCAAAACAAUCUGAACGCAAGCCGUCAUGAUUAGGGGAUCAGCCAGAUUCCUUGAAAAGUGCUUGUUCGCUGUUUCGGGGGACUCCAACGGAAUAACUCGGUCCUGUCUCUCCUGCCUCAAAUCCUGCUCUCCCGCUCUAAUGCCUUGCCCAAGGUUUUGAGGAGCGCUGAGGUGAGUCGUAGGUUGUUGAGCUGCCUGACGAGGAAUAGGAGAAAAUUGCGGACAGAUCAGAAAACUGUUUCCCGAACUCAGGCAGCAUGCUGUCCGGUAUAGCUACGGAUGGCAGGGCGCUCGGAACCGAUUCGCACAAACAAUGACGCUGGGUCAAGGCAAAGCGAUAAAGAAAAAAGUUUAACAUGAUUAAGGGGCAAUAAACGGAUACGGACAAAGCCUCAUCUAAGGUCUCUGGAUCCAAAUGUCACCCCCCCUGGACGCUGCCCCAGGCGGGGACCAGCAGUGUGUGACGGUGACGGGUGGGUGGCGAGGAGAGGAGAGGAGGAGGCCACAAACACAUCAGCUUUCUGCUGCGAUUCUGCACUAAAUUGGCCCAGGCUGUGUCCUGUCCUGUGAGGACGAGCAGAGAGUGCUCUGGUCUGAUAUCUCAGCAUGAAUGGAGUCAGAGUCAACUUCACUUAGAGGACCUACUCUUCCUAAUGAGACCGCUGUCUCUCUUAAAGUUGAUAAUUAAUUACAGGGGGAUUAAGCCUAACCCUACGGCUUCUUGUUCUACUGCCCCGUGAAGAAGAGGUGAACUCAGCAUUAUCAAACUCUUUUAGUGGACUGUUUUUUUUGUCGACUCUUUUGGUGGAUUUACUUCAAUACUUUCAAUACUUUUCCCUUUUUUUCCUUUUUUUGUUGGUGCGUCGCUUUUUAAUUUCUCCAACCCAAGGACAAUCCCCUCCUGAUUUUACACUAUGGAGUUUCAGGCUGGGCUGUGGAAUAAAGAUUGGGGUUCAUUUCUGCGUUUCUGGUUGACAGUCAUCCUGAGCCUCAAUGUGCACUUUAGCUGCCCUGCCACCUCGUGCCCAGAAGAGUGCCGCUGCGACAAAACCUUUGUUUACUGCAACGAGCGGAGCCUGACGUCUGUGCCUCUGGGGGUGACAGAGGGCUACAAGAUCCUCUACCUCCACAACAACCAGAUCAACAAUGCAGGGUUCCCAUGGGAACUACACAACGUGGCGUCCGUGGAGACAGUGUAUCUCUACGGCAACCAGUUGGACGAGUUCCCCAUCAACCUGCCUAAGAACAUCCGGGUGCUCCACCUGCAAGAGAACAACAUCCAGACCAUCUCCAGGGCUGCCUUAGCCCAACUGCCCCGCUUAGAGGAGCUCCACCUGGACGAUAACUCCAUCUCUACGGUUGGUGUGGAGGAUGGGGCGUUCCGGGAUGCUGUCAGCCUCAAGCUGCUCUUCCUCACCAAGAACCACCUGAGCAGUGUCCCCAUUGGUCUCCCAGAGGACCUCACAGAGCUGCGAUUAGACGAGAACCGUAUCGCGGUCAUUGCUGAGGAGGCGUUCCAGAACGUGACGCGGCUACAGCGCCUCCUGUUGGAUGGCAACUUGUUGACAGACGAGGGCGUGGCCCCGGGGACGUUCCAGGAGCUGUCCAACCUCCGGGAGCUGGCGCUGGCCCGUAACUCUCUGACGUUCCCCCCGCCCCUCCUCCCGACGCAGUCCCUGGUCAAGCUCAGCCUGCAGGAUAAUCAGAUGGACCAAAUCCCAGUGACAGCCUUCUCCGGCCUCCAGAGGCUCGAGAGACUGGAUAUCUCCAAUAACCAGCUGCAGACGCUGACACAGGGGGUCUUUGACGGCCUCAUCAGCCUCAGACAGCUCACUGUUCGGAACAACCCGUGGCGCUGCGAUUGCACCGUCAAAUGGGUGGUGGUGUGGCUCAAGUCGCUGCCAGGCUCUAUCAACGUGCGCGGUUCAAUGUGCCAAAGCCCAGCGAGGGUGCGCGGCAUGGCAAUCAGGGAACUCACCCUGGAUUCUAUCCAGUGCCCAGCUGGGACGGACCUCCAGCCUGACCUCUGGCCUACCCUGCGCUCCACGCCCCCGCAUCCCCAACUCCCCACCACCACCACCCUCAUUACCUCCUCCAUGACCAGCUCUAUUCCCACCUUCACAACCUCCUCCUACCCCACAUCACCCUCCCCUCCCCCUGCCAUGCCUCCCCACCCUGCUGGCCCACUGCCCCCCUAUGAGGACCCCUUACGGAUAUCCUUCCACGUGGUCAAUGCCUCCUGCAUCGAGGUAAGCUGGGCUUCCUACUUCACCGUCACAGCCUACAAGGUGACCUGGGUCAAGAUGGGCCAGAGCCUGAUGAGCGAUGUCAGCCGCGAAAGGACGGUGAGUGGGGACAGGCGGAAGCUUAGCUUGACCAACCUGGAGCCCAGGUCGGUGUACCGGGUCUGUGUUUAUGUGCUGGACACCCUCAACUCCUACCGCCCAGGGGAGGAUACAAUAUGCUCAGACGCCAGAACCAAGUCGACCUCAUCCAGCUCCAACAACAACAAGGCCACAGGGUCGGAGGAAGCUCAACAGGACACCAACUCCACUCUCCUUUUGGCCGGGGUGAUAGGCGGGGCAGUCCUUGUCGUCCUGGUAAUGCUGCUGAGCCUGUUUUGUUGGCACAUGCACAAGAAGAGCCGCUCUGAAUCGUCCAAGUGGAAAUACAACCGUGGCAGGAGAAAAGACGACUACUGCGAGGCGGGGACCAAAAAGGAUAACUCUAUACUGGAAAUGACUGAGACCAGCUUUCAGAUAGUUUCCCUGAACAAUGAGCAACUUUUGAAAGGUGAUUACAGGAUUCAGCCCAUCUAUACACCCAAUGGAGGCAUCGGCUUCAGAGACUGCCACCUCAGUAACAAUAGCUUAGCCUACUGCAAGAGCAGCAACGUUCCCAGCACCGAGUUCUGCCACACGUGAUGCUUCUAACAGGAUGCUCCCACACCAGUUGUUUGAGAAAAAAAUAUACUGUACCAUAGAUAUUUCCAAGUUCUGUCUGCCAUGUAAUUUAUACUGUGGACAGUAAUGUGGAAUUCUAUCAGCUAUCUUUUUUACUCUUAGUUAGAAGGAAUACAAAUGGUUUUCUAAUCAGUGGGAUUAAAUUACAGUAAGUGUUUUUUGCUUAACUUCGGGAUCGGUGUCCCUUCUACGGGACGGUUGAGCUAACGUAGGCUAAUGCGAUUAGCAUGAGGUUGUAAGUAACAAGACAUUUUCCCAGGACAUAGACAUAUCUGAUAUUGUCAGAA